GCUGAGUCACUCUUCAGGGUGCCAUGAGAGGAGCUCCGAACGCCCGACAUGGAUGUCCUGACCUAUGAUGAUGUGCAUGUGAACUUCACUGAGGAUGAGUGGGCAUUGCUGAAUCCUUCUCAGAAGAGUCUCUACCAAGGUGUAAUGCUGGAGACCUGUAGGAAUCUCAGUGCUAUAGGAUACAUUUGGGAAGACAAUACUACUGAAGAAUAUUGUAAAAGAUCUGGAAGACAUGGAAGGUAUGAAAGAAGUUUUACUGGAAAGCAAACCUUUGAUUUUAUUCUGUAUGGUAAUGGCUUUGCAGUUCAGAGUCAUACCCAAAGGCAUAAUGCAGAGGAGCCCUAUGAAGGUAACCUAUGUGGUAAAGCUUUUGUACAGAGGAAUAAUCUCAAAACAAAUAAGAGAACACAUAAUGGAGAAGAAACUUCUGAAUGUAACCAAUGUUGUAAAGACUUUGUAAGAAGCAGUGCUCUCCAAAAUCAUGAAGGAACACAGACAGGAGAGAAACUCUGUGAAUGUAGUCCAUGUGGUAAAGCGUUUGCAGAAAGGGGUAGUCUCAAAAGACAUAAAAGGACAUGUAAUGGAGAAAAACGUUAUAAAUGUAACCAAUGUUGUAAAGCCUUUGUCCAAAACCGCUUUCUCCAAAAACAUAAAAGGACCCAUAAAGGACAGACACCCUAUGAAUGUCACCAAUGUGGCAAAGCCUUUGCACAGACCAGUCAUCUCCAAAUACAUAAAAGGACCCAUACAGGACAGAAACCCUAUGAAUGUCACCAAUGUGGCAAAGCCUUUGCACAGAGCAGUCAUCUCCAAAUACAUAUAAGAACUCAUACAGGAGAGAAACCCUAUGAAUGUAACCAAUGUGGCAAAGCCUUUGCAGACAGCGGUAAUCUCCAAACACAUAAAAGAACACAUAUAGGAGAGAAACCCUAUGAAUGUAACCAAUGUGGGAAAGCCUUUGCACAAAGGAGUCAUCUCCAAAGACAUAUAAGAACUCAUACAGGAGAGAAACCCUACGAAUGUCACCAAUGUGGCAAAGCCUUUGCAGAAAGCGGUACUCUGCAAAAACAUAUAAGAACUCAUACAGCAGAGAAACCCUACGAAUGUCACCAAUGUGGCAAAGUCUUUGCAGGAAGGAGUCAGCUCCAAAGCCAUAUAAGAACUCAUACAGGAGAGAAACCCUACGAAUGUCACCAAUGUGGCAAAUCCUUUGCACAAAGGAGUCAUCUCCAAAGCCAUAUAAGAACUCAUACAGGAGAGAAACCCUACGAAUGUAACCAAUGUGGCAAAGCCUUUUCCCAUAGAAGUACUUUCCAAAGACAUAUAAGAACUCAUACAGGAGAGAAACCCUAUGAAUGUAAUCAAUGUUGUAAAGCCUUUGCAGGAAGCAGUCAUCUCCAAAGCCAUAUAAGAACACAUACAGGAGAGAAACCCUAUGAAUGUCACCAAUGUGGCAAAGCCUUUGCACAGAGCAGUCAUCUCCAAAGACAUAUAAGAACACAUACAGGAGAGAAACCCUUUAACUUUUACCAAUGUUCCAAAGCUUUCUCACAAAGCAGUAGUCUCUAAAAUCUUAAAAGUACACGUACAGGAGCAAAACUUUUUUGAAUGCAUCCAUUGUGGUUUUAUAACAUUUAUACAAAGCAAUGACCUCCAAAUACAUAAACAAUCACAUACAGCAGAGAAACCCAAUGAAUGUGUUACAUGUUCUUAAACCCUUAGACAUCACAAGCAUCUUCAACUGCAUGACUGAAUAGGUCCUAGGGAAAAAUGCUUGGACUGUAACUGAUGUGGUAAAACCUUUCCCAAAACAGUCAUCUCCUAGCCCAUAAAAUAAUACACACUGAAUAGGAACCCUAUGAAUGUAACAAAUGUGGCAAACCUUUUGCAAAUCGCAGUACGUUCCAUGUAAAUAAAAGAAGACAUACUCAAUAGACACCCUAUGAAUAUAAUCAGUGUGAUUAUGCCUGAGUAUGUGAACGAGCAAUCAUCUUUCAAAUAUAUAAAAGAAGAUAAACAGGAGGGACACCCUAUGAAUGUAAGCAAAGUGUUAAAGCCUUCGCAUAUCAGUCAUAUUCAAAGGCACAAAAUAAACCAUAAUUUAGAAAAA